UCAAGCUCAUAUUGCGCAGGCGUGAUCCAAUCUGAGCCCGGCGAAAUGCUGGUGAAUAUCGAAUAAGAUCCCCUGCCCAGUGCUACAGUAUACUAACCUACUUGUGAAACUAACUGAACCAAGGGACCGUGGACCUUCUUCAUUUUAGAGUUGUCUGAGGGAAAACUGAAUCUAACGUGCUUGCUUGGAUGCAUUUAAUGAUAAACGACGGCUAUCAACCUGUGGAUGGUGAGAGCAGAGAAAGAUUAUUUUCGCCUCCAUGGAAUAACGGUCAUUCCUCCAGCCGGUGAUUUUCAGGACGCCUUGAUGUAACCUGCUCUGCGUUAACCGUGGCUUUUACGAGACUACGGAACCUCUGGGACGGGGAACCGCUUUAAUUUCGAUUUAUGAAUGGCCCUGACAUGGAGGAAAUUCCGUUUCAGAAAGUCAAAACCCGGAGGAAGAAAGGUCACUGUCCACCUGGAAUUCCUUUCAGCGCUAUCGCCUGCGAGGACGAGUUUGACUGCAAAGAGCUGGAAUCGCUCUUCCAAAAUUAUAACCUGAAACUGGACCAGACCUCAACGCUCAAGGCUCUGGCGGUCCUGAUCAUCAUGGCAUCAACUUUGGCUGGAGUGGAGCUGAUGUCCGGUCCCAGCCUCACCAUCUCCAAAGGAUCCCAUCCGGUGCACUGCAUUAUAUUCGUCUCUCUGUUCAUCGUCACGAACGUAAAGUACCUACAAGUGACACAACUCCAGCAAAUCGUCAACCUUACUUUGCUUUUCGGCUUCACGUUUUCGUUUCUCUGCUGCCCGUUCUCUCUGGCGGCGUUCGGCACGGAGCCUCCGGUUUCGCCGGAGCAGGGGAUGUGGCAGCUCAUGCUGGUCACAUUUGUCGCCUACUCCCUUCUGCCCGUACGGACUCUGUUAGCCGUACUGUUUGGAAUUAUGGUCGCCGUGUCCCAUAUAAUCGUGACGGCCACAUCGGUCACAGUCAAGCGACAGAGGCUAUGGAGAACACUGGUGGCAAACACCGUCCUGUUCACAAGUGUGAAUCUCUCCGGGCUCUUUGUGAGGAUACUGACCGAGAGGGCCCAGAGGAAGGCAUUCCUGCAGGCCCGAAACUGCAUCGAGGAGAGGCUGCGCAUGGAGGAUGAGAACGAGAAGCAGGAGCGCCUCCUCAUGAGCCUGCUGCCCAGGAACGUCGCCAUGGAGAUGAAAGAGGACUUCCUCAAACCUCCAGAGAGGAUCUUUCACAAGAUCUACAUCCAGAGACACGAUAAUGUCAGCAUCCUGUUUGCGGACAUCGUGGGCUUCACCAGCCUGGCAUCCCAGUGCACAGCGCAGGAGCUGGUCAAGCUACUGAAUGAACUCUUCGGGAAGUUCGAUGAGCUGGCCACGGAGAAUCACUGCCGGCGCAUCAAGAUUCUGGGGGACUGCUACUACUGCGUAUCCGGCCUGACGCAGCCCAAGACUGACCACGCCCACUGCUGCGUGGAGAUGGGACUGGACAUGAUUGACACGAUCACGUCGGUGGCGGAGGCCACGGAGGUGAACCUGAACAUGCGUGUUGGGCUGCACACGGGCCGGGUGCUGUGCGGGGUGCUGGGACUGCGGAAGUGGCAGUACGACGUCUGGUCCAACGACGUGACGCUCGCCAACGUCAUGGAGGCCGGGGGCCUGCCCGGGAAGGUGCACAUCACCCGGACCACCCUGGACUGCCUGAACGGGGACUACGAGGUGGAGCCGGGGAACGGACACGAGAGACACGCCUUCCUGCAGAAGCACCAGAUCGAGACCUUCUUCAUAGUGCCAUCGCACCGACGCAAGAUUUUUCCCGGGUUGAUACUGUCGGACAUAAAGCCCGCCAAGAAGAUGAAGUUCAAGACGGUGUGCUACCUGCUGGUGCAGCUCAUGCACUGCCGCAAGAUGUUCAAGGCCGAGAUCCCCUUCUCCAACGCCAUGAACUGCGAGGAUGGCGACAAGAGAAGGGCGCUGCGCACCGCCCCGGAGAAGCUGAGGAACCGCACCUCGUUUUCGGCCAACGUGGCCCAGAGCAGCCCCGGCAGCCGCGUGAACCGCUACAUCGGCCGCCUGAUCGAGGCGCGGCAGACCGAGUCGGAGACGGCCGACCUGCACUUCCUCACGCUCAUGUACAAACGCACUGAGCGCGAGCAGAAGUACCACCAGCUCCACGACGAGUACUUCAUCAGCGCAGUGGUCCUGUCGCUGGUCCUCGCUGCCUUAUUCGGCCUGGUCUACCUUCUGAUAAUACCGCAAGGCACGGUGGUUCUGGUCCUCCUGGUCUUCUGCAUAUGCUUCCUCAUGGCCUGUAUCAUGUACCUGUACGUCACAAGAAUACAGUGUUUCCCAGGGUGCCUCACCAUACAGAUCAGGACAGUGCUGUGUGUGUUCAUAGUGUUCUUAAUAUAUGCCGUGGCCCAGGCAUGUGUGGUCGGGUGCAUGCCGCUGCUGUGGGGCGGGGACUCGGCCAGCUCCAUCGUCAUCGUGGAGGCGGGCGGGGCCAACCGCACCAUGGCGGAGCUGCCCUGCGACGGCGCCCGCUACGCCUUCCUGUCCUGCGCCGCCGGCGCGCUCACGCUCGCCCUCUUCCUCCGCGUCUCCUGGCUGCCAAAGAUCACCCUCCUCUUCCUCCUCAGUGUCUUAUACGUCACCGUCCUGGAGAUCAGCGGCUUCAGGACGUCCGUCGGUGCCGGGCUGUUCCACAUACGCGGCAUCGAGCCCAUCCUGUCCAUCGUGCUCUUCUCCAGCGCUCUGGCCCUGCACUCCCGCCAGCUGGACCUCAAACUGCGGCUGGACUACCUCUGGGCUGCGCAGGCAGAAGAGGAGAGAGACGGCAUGGAGAAGGUGAAGCUGGAUAAUAAGAGGAUUCUCUUUAACCUCCUGCCUGCCCACGUGGCUCAGCACUUUCUUCUGUCUAACCCCAGGAAUAUGGACCUGUACUACCAGUCCUACGCCCAGGUGGGCGUGCUCUUCGCCUCCAUCCCAAACUUCAAUGACUUCUACAUCGAGCUGGACGGCAACAACAUGGGGGUGGAGUGCCUGCGGCUCCUCAAUGAGAUCAUCGCUGAUUUCGACGAGCUCAUGGAUAAAGAGUGCUACAAGGACAUCGAGAAGAUAAAGACCAUCGGAAGCACGUACAUGGCAGCUGUGGGCCUGGUGCCUACCAUAGGAACCAAGGCCAAAAAGUCGAUCGUCUCUCAUUUAAGCACGGUGGCGGACUUUGCGAUCGAGAUGUUCGACGUUCUCGACGAAAUCAACUAUCAGUCAUACAAUGAGUUUGUGCUGCGAGUGGGCAUUAACGUGGGACCCGUGGUUGCGGGGGUCAUCGGGGCCCGGAGACCACAGUACGACAUUUGGGGGAACACGGUCAAUGUGGCCAGUCGAAUGGACAGCACAGGUAUUCCAGGGAAGAUACAGGUCACAGAAGACGUGUACCGCAUGCUGAACGAUGACUAUGACCUUGUGUGCCGGGGCAAGGUCAGCGUGAAGGGCAAGGGCGAGAUGCUGACCUACUUCCUGGAAGGCAAGACCCAGACCUCCAGGACCCAAGCUCGGCCGGGCGGGGGCCACCUGGGCGGGACAACAUACGGGAGGGCCGGUGUCCAGGACAAAGUGGGCGUAGCCUCCCCAUCCAUGGCCAGCCUUCCAGCAAGGGUGGGCAUCACCCCCAAGGGCAGCACCCCCGCCCUCGCCUCCGCCACACUACAACUCCCAGCAACCUCCAGGGCUGCCCUGGAGGAGGAGUGAGAGACGGGAACGCGGUGGGGGGGGAGGGGCUGAGAAGCGCUGCUCGUCGCUGCUUGUAAACUCACCGGGUGGUCUUAGGCUAAUUGCACAAGGGUCCCUCGCUGACCAACCAAAGAGAAAGCUGGGUUUCGUUCAACUGUUGGGACACGGAGGGAUUUAAGGAGGGUCUGUCCGCAACCCGUCACCGGAAGCAUCCGGAAGGACCCCGGACCCCACGCGUUUGCCUGGUGCAUCCAUCUUCUAACACCUUUGAAUGUUUUUAUUCUUGCCGUAGACCAUUUUUGAGCUUUGCUUUGUAUCGAACCGUGAGGACCCUUUUCUCUUGCCGUCGUCCAGCUGAAAACAAGAAUGUUAAACCGAUGACAGGAGUCUUACAGCCGGGGUCCCCAGCCUUCGACGUGGACAGCCAUAAGAUCUGCUGGCUUCUGUUUCCACCUUAACAUCAACAGUCACUUUAGACCCAAGACACCAGGCCAGGUGAGAUACCAGUUCAAUCACUGCUUUAAUUGAUCCAUUUAGUUCUGGGCAACAGUGGAAACCAGCAGGGUAUGCGUCUCUCCUGGACCAGAGCUGAGGAUGCCUGAGUCAAAGAUAACAUCGACAGGAGCAUGUUUCCUCACUCCUUCCUAAUGGAAAUAAGUUUCUAAAACUGUCAGGGGCAUUCCGAUAUGAGCCAAGAAAUUCAGACCGAAACAACUUCUUCAAGAGGCAGAACCGGACAGGGCUAAUUAGCUACUUUUUUCAUUUAGUUAUUUCGUUUUUUAAAAUUUAUUUACAAAUUCUGACAAGAAAAUAACACUGAAGGGAAUGGAGCAUACUACAGUAUACUGAAACAAAGUAUAUCAUUAAGAGCGGAAAGAUAUUUGCAAUGCAUGAGCAAAUGUACACAUUAUUGUCCCUUUCAAAUAUUGCAUUGCUAUAUAUAUAUAUAUAUUUUGAAUACAUGAAUGUGAAAUUAUUUGUCAUUAUGUUUUCAAAAAGGUCACGUAUUUGUAAUGUAUUGCAGUACAUUCCGAGGGCAAGGCCAUCACGUUUUAUAUUUCGUCACGGUUUGACCAUCCGCAGAACCCAGUGUGCUGAGAUGUAAACACAGUGGUCUGAUUUUUAAGAACCGGCACCUAAUACUAUGUAAGGACUUAGUUUGCACAGGCCUAUGCUGCGGAGGCCGCAGUGACAUUUGUGUCACUGGUCAUUGGGUCACAUGGUUUUAUCGUAGCUGAAUAGUCUUCAGCUCAUUCACUGCCCCAGUUGAAAACCUGCCAUUCCUAUUUCCACAAACACACAGAAACAGAAACACACACCCACACAGGGCCAGCCCUAGGAUUUUGGUGGCCCUAAACAAUUAUGUGGGAUGCGUUCGGGGGGGGAGGGUGCUGUUGGAUUCUGUCGAGCCGGGGGGGGGGUUCUCUUGGUAAAAUCCUUCUUACGUUACAUUGUUAUGCAAAGUUCUGUUGCCAUUACAUUUUAAAUUUAUACUGCUAAUUCCGCGAUAGGGGAUGAAUAACGUAAUUACGAAAACAACGUUAUUUACCUUAGAUAAACAUUGGAUCGUGUGGCCCCCCUCGUGGUCGUGUGCCCCCCCUCCCCAGUGGUUGUGGCCCUAAACAGCUGCAUAGAGCGUUUAUGCCACGGGCCGGCCCUGUACACACACACACUGUUAUCUUGAAAUACUUAACAUAUCCAAUAAGGAGGUCAACUAAAUGUCAUCUUUGACAUUACUUUUAGUAACCUUUCCAGAAAUUAUGCCAAGGUAACAGUUUAAAGUUUACUUUUUUGUUUAUACCAGAUGAUGAAAUGAUUAGAAUAACUUAAGUAAUUCAUAACUUAAGAAAGGUGUAAUAGAAGUAUUCUGUUUUUAUGUACAAGCAAAUCCACAAGUGUGGAGGCACAAUAUGGUGAGCACAACCUGGACGUUCAUUAUAAAUGGAAUACCUGCUCCCCACAUGGUCCCUUGGACCCUGUUAGAAAG